AUGGUUGUCCUCCCAGAACCCUUCGCCUCCUUCGAGCGCACUCCUCUCCUCUUCCACCAUCCAUCCACCCUCCACCCUCUUCCCAACUUAACACGUCACCUAAACUCCACCACUUCCACCAAAGCCCAAAUCUGGGCAAAGCGCGAGGACUGCUCCUCAGGCCUCGGCCUCGGCGGCAACAAGAUCCGCAAACUGGAGUAUGUCAUCCCAUCAGCUCUAGCCCAAGCCUGCGAUACUCUCAUAUCAACGGGCGGUACACAGAGUAACCACAUGCGUCAAGUCGCUGCUGUGGGAAGCCAUCUUGGCCUCAAGACUAUUCUCGUACCGCAAGUACAUGGUCAGACUGGUUCGGAGGCUUUUGGUCAGGCUGGGAAUGUGCAGGUCAAUGGUAUUCUGGGCGCCGAGUUGGCUGCGCCGAAUACCACGCUCGAAGAUGUCGCUGCGGAUGUUGAGAAGAAAGGCGGACGUCCUUAUGUCAUUGCCUCGGGUGCUUCAGCCCAUGAACACGGAGGCCUCGGCUUUGCGCGCUGGGCAUUCGAAGUUGUGGAGCAAGAAGCGGCUCAUGGCAUAUUCUUCGACACCGUCGUCGUCCCAGUGGCUUCAGGCGGUACCAUCGCAGGUAUGAUCGCCGGCUUCAAACUAACCGGAGGUGAGUCCCGGUCCAUAAUCGGCAUCGACACGUACAACAAGCCCCCGGGUGUUCUUUCAGCCACGAUCCUAGAAAUAGCAAAACGAACAGCGGAUCUCAUCGGCUUAGGCACAGAUGCAGUUCAGCCCGACGACGUGAUCCUCGAUACGAGGUUCAAUGCCGGUACGCAUACGGGAUGGGACGAUAAUACAGCUCGAGGCGUAAAGUUGAUCGGCGAGAUGGAGGGGAUUGUGACGGAUCCAAUUUACUCGGGGAGGAGUAUGGGUGCUAUUCUGCACAGAGCUGAGAAUGGGGAGUUGGAUGGGAGUCGGUUCGUGUUGUUUGUGCAUACGGGAGGACAGGCGGCGCUGAGUGCGUUUCCUGACAUGAGAUGA